UAUAACAAGCAGAUAUAACUCUUUUCCUUAUUUUUUUUACACAUAGCACUACCGAUUAGAAUAAAAUCAAAAUGUUAUAACAGAGUACAUUUCGCAUUCAGAUGGAGAAGAUCCCAAUAACGCCGCAAAUGCUACGUAUAGCCGUGAAAGAUUUACAAAAAUUUCAAUUAUUUGUAAAAUCAAAUAACUUAAGGGAUCAUAUACAAAGACAUUAUCCUGUUGAAACUGAUUUCAAAGCUCUCGAGCAGGAAUUACAGGAGAAAUUGAAAUAUGCUGUUUGCGUUGGAUUGCUUGCUAAACAGGGAGACGACCAAUAUUAUAUACCAACUUUACGAGAAGAGGCUAAUUCUGUUAAAACAGCGAUCAGCGCAUUUUGGGAGAUUUACACAAACGUAAUAUGUGAUCUCACGUUGAUCUCUUUUACACCAAUCUUUGUACUGUGCAAAAAAAUCCUUUUAUUUAAUUUAUUUAGAACAAUCAGUUGCCUAAUAUGAGGAAGAAAAGGCCAGGUGGCAAAAGAUUACUAACGUAUCAGAAACGAAGAGAUUACGUGAAUUCCUCUAAGAAAGAAGAAACUGAUAGUGAUGAAGAUUUAGAUUUUCUUUAAUCUAAGAAUCGUGACUCUUAAACAUCAAUGUUACAAUAUAACUGUAAAUCUUUUUAGACAUGUUUCUAUGUGACAUCCUAUGCAAUACAAAUUCUUUAUAUAUAUAUAUGUAUAAAUGAAUAUAUAACAUACAAAUUUAUAUAAUACAUGAUUUGUAGAGACACAAUUGUACUCA